AUGGCUCACCGACUGGAGCGCACAGACCAUCCUGCGGCCAACAUCGCAGCUCCGAGACAGCAGCCAGCUGUUCUUGUGGAUUCCGGGGCAAACGAAACCAUCAGACCCUGGGGUGAGACCAUCAAUGAAACAGGCUGCAAGAAGACAUCCGUGGUGACGGCCAGUGGAGACAGGGUUCCGGCCUUGAGGACAACGGACGGAGAGUUGCGCAUUAAGUCAAGUGGAGAGAGCUGCGACUGGCUAUUGAGUGUGCGCCGCCUCGUCGAAGCAGGUGGCACAUUUGGAUGGACACAGAACGGAGCUGAGGUGGCAUUUCGCGACCAUGAAGGACGUGAACAGCACAUCAAGCGCCAUAUCGUAAACGGCCGCAGCCAACGACCAAGUUGCGAGACCUGCUCGGUGGAGGAGUUGUAUCGAACCCUUUGGGAAGAGGAGACCUAUCGCAUCUCCGUUGCCGAGCGCCAGGACGUGAUUGAGUCGGAAGCUUGGGCAAAAGAACUGCUAGGAAAGCCGUCAGUGACUUUUAGUGAAGUCUGGGAGCGCGUACAAAAGGCCGGUCUCCGGGGCCAGCGUACACGGAGCUCCCUGACCUAUCCUUUACGACUCGCUUUGGCUAUCGACUCCACCUUGAAACCUCACCGGGAUUUGGCCAAUGCUGUCAACAGCAGAGCUGGAAUAGUUGGCACAUCCGAAUUCCAAGGAGGAAGAUUGUGGGUUGAACAUCCCGAUGGCACAAUCAAGAGGCGCAUUUCGGCAGACAAGGUCAAAGUUGGAAAGCUCCUGGAUGUGUGUCAACAAGCGCAGAUCUUUGAUCCUCGUCAAUGGCAUGGAGCCGACAAGCAUCAGGGGGUCAGAGCAACUGUCAGUGCGUAUACCGCGCGACAGCUGUACAAUUUGGACCGCGACUUGAUUGAAGAGCUGAGGACCCUUGAGUUCUCACUCCCGGACAGCGGCUCAACUGUGUCAGCCAGCCGAGCAGCAGCAGCGGAAGCUCCAGCACUCACCUUCUACCCAACAUAUCACCAGCAAUCACUGAGCAAACCUCACAACCAACAAGCACGCAUACUUCCCAAACCCAAACUGAUGAUGAUGAUGAGAUGA